GAGAAAGAGUGGGAGAGAGUGUGUGUGUGUGUGUGUGUGUGUGUUGACCGAGGAUUUGAGAGAUGCGGCGAGGAAGACAACAACAGCCCGUGAUCGUCGUAGCCAGAGGCUGGCCUAGGUCCUGAUAGCCGCAGCGACCAGGAUCCGGGAUCAUUCACGGGAGAAAGGAUGCCAGGGGGGCGCAGGGGCCUGGUCGCCCCGCAAAACACAUUCUUGGAGAACAUCAUACGACGGAGCAGCAGUCAACCUGACAGCAGUUUUCUCCUGGCGAACGCUCAGAUCGUCGACUUCCCUAUUGUCUAUUGCAACGAAAGCUUUUGCAAAAUCUCUGGCUAUAAUCGUGCCGAGGUUAUGCAAAAGUCCUGCCGCUGCGGAUUCAUGUACGGGGAGUUGACGGACAAAGAGACGAUCGCCAGGAUCGAGGAAUGCCUCGAGGGCCAGAUUCACGAUCAGUUCGAGAUCCUGCUGUACAAGAAGAACAAAACACCGUUAUGGCUGCUUCUGCAAAUAGCGCCGAUAAAAAACGAACGGGACCUGGUGGUCCUGUUCCUGCUGCCCUUCCGGGACAUCACCGCCCUGAAGCAGCCGAUCGAGGCGGACGACAGCAAGGGCGGUCUAUCAAAGUUCGCCAAACUGGCCAGAUCGGUCACCAGGUCCAGAUCCGUUCUUGUCUCGCAGUUCAGCUCCCAUCUGCCCGCCCUCAAGGAUUCCGCGUUACCGACCACUGCGAAACAGUCCCAUUUAGCUCAUAUGUUGACCUUAAGCGGCGACGUGAUGCCGCAGUACAGACAGGAGGCGCCGAAGACACCGCCGCACAUUUUGUUACAUUACUGCGCGUUCAAGGCGAUCUGGGAUUGGAUUAUUUUGUGUUUGACAUUUUACACGGCGAUCAUGGUGCCGUACAACGUCGCGUUCAAGAACAAGACCAGCGAGGACGUGUCGCUGUUGGUCGUCGACAGCAUCGUCGACGUCAUAUUCUUCAUCGACAUUGUCCUGAACUUUCACACGACGUUCGUCGGUCCCGGCGGCGAGGUGGUGUCUGACCCGAAGGUGAUCAGGAUGAACUACCUGAAAUCGUGGUUCAUCAUCGAUCUUCUCAGCUGCCUGCCGUACGACGUGUUCAACGCGUUCGACCACGACGAGGACGGGAUCGGCAGCCUGUUCUCCGCCCUGAAGGUGGUCCGUUUGCUCCGUCUGGGCCGCGUGGUUCGGAAACUAGACCGGUAUCUGGAGUAUGGAGCCGCGAUGCUCAUUCUUCUGCUCUGUUUCUACAUGUUGGUUGCUCACUGGCUGGCCUGUGUCUGGUACUCGAUAGGACGAUCGGACGCCGACAACGGUGUACAAUAUUCCUGGCUGUGGAAAUUGGCGAACGUCACCCAGUCACCGUACAGCUAUCUAUGGACCAAUACGAGCACCGCCCCGGAACUCGUCGCUGGACCGUCCAGGAGGACCAUGUACGUCACCGCGUUGUACUUCACGAUGACCUGCAUGACAUCGGUGGGCUUCGGGAACGUAGCCGCGGAGACCGACAACGAGAAGAUCUUCACCAUUUGCAUGAUGAUUAUCGCGGCCCUGCUCUACGCAACGAUCUUCGGUCACGUGACCACGAUAAUCCAACAAAUGACCUCCGCCACCGCCAAGUACCACGACAUGCUGAACAACGUCAGGGAAUUCAUGAAGCUGCACGAGGUGCCGAAGGCUCUCAGUGAACGGGUGAUGGACUACGUUGUGAGUACCUGGGCGAUGACCAAGGGCCUAGACACCGACAAAGUGCUCAACUACUGCCCCAAGGACAUGAAAGCGGACAUCUGUGUUCACUUGAAUAGAAAAGUUUUCAACGAACACCCAGCGUUUAGGUUGGCCUCCGACGGUUGCUUGCGCGCGCUGGCGAUGCACUUUACAAUGUCGCACAGCGCCCCCGGCGAUUUACUUUAUCACACGGGCGAGUCGAUCGACUCGCUCUGCUUCAUCGUCACCGGUAGCCUCGAAGUGAUCCAGGACGACGAGGUGGUCGCGAUUCUCGGCAAGGGAGACGUGUUCGGGGACAGUUUCUGGACGAACCCGUCCGUGGGACAGAGCGCGGCGAACGUUCGUGCUCUCACCUACUGCGACCUUCACACCAUCAAACGGGAUCGACUGCUGGAGGUGCUAGACUUUUAUCAGGCGUUCGCCAAUUCGUUCGCCAGGAACCUCGUCCUAACGUACAACCUAAGUCAUCGGCUGAUAUUCCGGAAGGUGGCAGACGUACGACGGGAAAAGGAGCUCGCCGAGAGGAGGAAGAACGAGCCCCAGCUGGAUCAAGCGCAGGAUCACCUGGUGCGAAAAAUUUUCUCGAGGUUCAAGACCGACGGGGAAGCCCAGAUUGGCGUGACCAGGGCCGCAAACGGACGGUCCCAGCAGGAUUCCGACGAGGAGCUCACCGUGAACGUCCUGCCGCCCUGGCCCAGUUUUAGGUUCCGCCGCGAGAGGCACAGCGCAGAUGUGGAGAAAGGUGACGGAAAGGACGGCAAGGACGGCAAGGAGGGUGAGUCCUCGCACUCCAGGAAACUGUCCACCACGGACGAGAACACCGCCACCAAAGGGCGAACCGGGAAAUGGGGACGGUUGUUAGGAAGCGCAAGCCUAGAUUCCGGUAGCGAGGGUGGAACAGGAACGGACACCUUCAAGCGAUCUCUAAGCGCAAGGGACGCGAGACCCAGCUCGAGUGGCGGCAGUAACAAAGUGUUCCCGAAAUUUGGCAAGCUGACCGGCACCAUCGAGGAAUCCGGCGACACGGACGCAGCGAAGGACAGCCAGCAACAGCAAAACGCAGCUGACUCGAAACAGCUGCAGCUUCGUCGAUUGGAGAGCUACGACGACGGGCUGAUCACCACGCAGCCGAGUCACGAUCGGGAGAUUCUGGCAGCAGUGCUCGAGGUGAAGGUCGACCUGAAGCUGGAGGUGCAACGGGUGAAUCAGAGGCUGGCAAAGAUCGAAGAUAUGCUGCAGAUGCUGAUGACCCGAUUGCCGACGAUGAGCCCGCAACAACAAAAGGGUGGCGGUGUCUUUUCGUCUAGCAACGGUCAGACUCAGCUAUCCUGUGUACCGGUACAGAGCUCGUCUGGCUGCCAGCAGGCUACUCAGACGCCAGGCGGUAGCGUGAUCGGCGAGCAAAAGGUGUCGAUAGCGACCACGUCCACCGCGACGAUGGCUGGGGAGGGUUACAGGGAGCAGGGCACGACCACCGAGCGUAGCUCAAAGUCCCAGGAUCAACAUCAUCAUCAUCACCAUCAUCACCAUCAGCAGCCGUCGGAUCGACUACGCGAGACGGACUACAAGACCACGUCCCGAGAGGUCAGCAAGGAGCUGUUGGAAAGGCUCGCCCAGGCGUCCACGUCCAGGGGCGACGAUUCCACCCCGUUGGGCCCGUUGAUACUGCGUAAACGUAGGAGCAAAUCACGGAACAAGGGGGCAGCCCCGCUGGCGCCGCUCGCCAGCCAGCCAAUCAGCCCGUCCGAGGCGACCGAGACCACACAGAUGCUCGAGUGCACCGACGACAGGGAGCAAUGCUCCGGCACCACGGAGAGGAGCACCGACCGAAAGAGGCCUCCGCCCAGGCCCAGAGAGUACUUGUGAAAGUUCUUGCGGCUCCGGACGGUUGUCUCGAGGCUCCUGCUCUGAGGCGGAACAACGAACGGGGGUGCUCAUCACGGAGCUAAGAAACGAACUCUGUGGACGACGAAGUGUCUUCGUAGUAACGGGGAGUAGUCCCGACGGAACCCCUUGAACAGGGUUCAGGUACGACUGGGAUCUCCCUAUGAAAAUUGCACCAGGAGGGGGAUCUCUCGAUUGGUGGUUCUCGGGCCGCCAGCCUCCAUCUUGGCGCCGAACACUUUCAUUCCGUUCAACGAAACCGACUGCGUGUGCAACACAACCGAAGAUGUACGAUUAAACCGUAAAUGUCUGUAAUUCUUCAACGCCGUACGUUUUAAGGACGCUGUGCAAAAUUUCCGCUACAAACGCUUCGCGAAUGAUCUUCAGCGAGCUUCGACCCCGAAUGGUCGUCGGUACACGCGCGAAGAACGAAACCUAAGACGAACAAAAAAAAAAGAAAUAAAGAAAAGUA